GCGUCAUCGGAAUGAGUCAGAGGUGAAAGGGGAAGAGUUGGACAAAAUCACAUGUAUGUUGUUGUGGUGUUGAUGCUGGAUAAUCGGGGAAAGAGAUUUUAUUGAAGUUACAUCUUUACGGUUGUCUUUGGCCUUCACGAUUCCUUGAGGUAAAAUGAGGAAUCUGAAGCUACUGAAGAGCCUACGGAACUCAGAGCUGCAGGGUCCUGGCUCCCCGCAGUGUUUCUCUGUGAGGUCCGACACCGGCUCACUGCUCAUCGCCUCUCAGUUUUCAGUAAUAGAGUACAACACACAAUCUGGCGAGGUUGUCAGUGAAGCCUCGUUAACAGCAGACGGUUACCUCCCAGAGGACGGCAGCGGGGUGGUGGUGGGACUGCAGGACCUAGCUGAGCUUCAGUCUGCAUGUUUGGCCACAGCAGCCGGUGAUGUUGUUCUCUUCAACCUCAACACCAGUCAGUUGGAGUGUGUCGGCAGUGUGGGCAGCGGUCUUACAUCUAUGAGCUGGAGUCCUGAUGAAGAGCUUGUCAUCCUUACAACUGGACAGGAAACCAUUAUCAUGAUGACCAAAGAUUUUGAGCCAGUCACUGAGGUUGGAAUCCACCAGGAUGAUUUUGGUGAAGGGAAAUUCAUCACGGUAGGUUGGGGAAAGAAGGAGACUCAGUUUCAUGGCUCAGAGGGGAAACAGGCAGCACAGAAGAAGAUCCAGGAUUCGCAGCCUGCCGUGGCCUGGGACGACCGCAAACCCAGAGUCACGUGGCGAGGAGAUGGUCAGCUAUUUGCUGUCAGCGCCAUCUGUCCCCAGACUGGAGCGAGAAAGGUCCGAGUCUGGAACAGAGAGGGUGUUCUGCAAGCUACCAGUGAGCCUAUCAACGGCCUGGAGCAGGCACUUUGCUGGAAACCUUCAGGUAGCCUGAUUGCGAGCUCCCAGCGCCAUCCCAACAAACACAGUGUUGUGUUCAUGGAGAAGAAUGGACUGCUGCAUGGAGACUUCACAUUACCAUUCAGUAAAGACCAAGUCAAGGUGAAGGAGCUGCUGUGGAACAGCGAUUCCACUGUUUUAGCUGUUUGGUUGGAGGACUUAACUGCGGGGCCGGAUGGAACGGUCAAGAGUUACAUCCAGCUGUGGACGGUGGGAAACUACCACUGGUACUUGAAGCAGAGCCUGGACUUCGACAGAGACCCCCAGAAAGCUCCUGUCUCCUUCUGCUGGGACCCCGAACGCCCUCUCUGGCUCCAUGUUCUGACCCACAACUGGACGAGCAUCACCUACGACUGGGGCUGGACAACAGAGCGAAGCCCCGGACUGGACAUGACUGAUGACGCCAGCGUGGCUGUGAUUGAUGGAGAAAAAGUCCUGGUGACAACCUUCAGGCAGUGUGUGGUUCCUCCUCCCAUGAGUUCUUUCGAGCUACAGUUGAAGUCACCAGUCAACCAGGUGACUUUCCUUUGUCAGCCUACAAGGACCAAUAGGAUUGCAGUUUUCACCUCCAACGGACAGAUCUCAGUGUUUGGAAAAGUUUCAAAAGAAGAUUCGGACAGAACAGCAGAUGGGUUCAGAAUUCUGUCUCAUCCUCUUUCCCUCCAGAAAACCUUCAGAGUGACAUCUCAUCAGAACGACCCUCUUGCCCUGCGACAGCUGCUGUGGCUGCAGGAUGAGCUGUUUUUAGCUGUAACUUCGGGUAUUCUGCCGAACGCCUCCACCCUGUUGAUGCUUCAUCCAGUUCAGGAUGCUGCUGACACACUCGCUGUUAGGUCUCAGGUGGAGGUUGAAGGUGUUGUGAUCAGUACGGCUCACCUCUCCCAGACUGGAACUCUGGCUCUACAGCUGGAAGAUGGGCAGAUAAAGAAGCUCCUCUGGGAUUGCCCUGAGCUGUCAGUGGAAGAUUGGCAUGACUCCAAUGGCUGCAGCGUCAACUUUCCUGUUCGCUGCAUCCAGACGGCUCUCUGCUGCAUCAGUGGAACGGAAUACCUGCUUGGCCUCACAGACAGAUCCCACCUGUAUGCUGGAGACACAGAGCUUGCACCCAAUGUUAGUUCCUUUGCUGUUUGCGAUGACUUCCUGCUCAUCACCACACACUCCCACACCUGCCGCUGCCUCCAGCUGAGCACGCUCACACUUAAAGGUCUGCAGUUGGCUUUGUCCUCUGAUGGAGGUCAGAACGAUGAGACCCUUCGGCGAGUGGAGAGAGGAUCCAGGAUCGUCACUGUGGUACCUCAGGACACCAGAGUGAUUCUACAGAUGCCUCGGGGAAAUCUGGAGACCAUUCAGCACAGAGCACUGGUUCUGGUUCAGUUAAGGAAGUGGUUAGAUAGCGUGAGAUUCAGAGAGGCCUUUGAGUGUAUGAGGAAGUUAAGGAUCAACCUGAACCUCAUUUAUGAUCACAAUCCAAAGGUUUUUCUGGAAAACAUUGAGACCUUCAUCACACAACUCAACUCCAUCAACCACAUUAACCUCUUCCUCACUGAGCUCAAAGAGGAGGAUACGAGCUGCACCAUGUAUCCCCGGCCUGAGGGCGGCCCAUCGCAGACUCCGUCCAUCUCAGGCCAGAAAAAAGUUGAUGUUGUUUGUGAUGCUUUACGGAAGGCCAUGGAAUCAAUGAAUCGAAACAAGUUCUGUCUGUCCAUACUGACUGCUUAUGUGAAGAAGACUGUUCCCGAGCUCGAGGUCGCUCUGCAGAAAGUGCAUGAGCUGCGAGAAAACCCUCCUGCAGCUGCAGGAGCUGUAAGUGCUGAAGAGGCACUGAAAUACCUCCUCUUCCUCGUCAAUGUCAACGAUCUGUACGAACACUCACUUGGGACGUACGACUUCGACCUUGUUCUCAUGGUGGCUGAAAAAUCACAGAAGGAUCCCAAAGAGUACCUUCCUUUCCUGAACAUGCUGAAGAGUCUGGAGCCAAACUACCAACGCUACACCAUCGACAAACACCUGAAACGCUACAGGAAGGCCUUGGUCCAUCUCAGCAAGUCUGGAGAGGAACAUUUCACUGAAGUUUUGCAGCUGGUGAAGGAGCAGAAACUCUUCAGUGAAGCUCUGAAGUUGUACACAACAGAUAGUCCUCAGUACAAGCAUCUAAGCUCUGCGUAUGCUGAGCACCUGGUGGAGCAGCAACAGGCCGAGCAGGCCGGCUUGUUGCUGUGGCGAUGUGGCCUACCAGCCAGAGCACUGCAGGCUUUCACAAGCUGCUCCAGUUGGAGAAACGCCAUCUGUGUGGCACAGCAGAUACCGCUACCAACGGACCAGUUAGCCCUACUGGCCAGAGACUUGGCAGAGAGGCUGACUGAGCAGAGGCGAUACUCAGAAGCCGCUCUGCUUUUGGACCAGUACGCCAAAGACUGUGAGGAAGCCAUCUUGGCUCUAAUCACUGGUGCAGUCUGGGAGGAGGCGCUCAGACUGAUUUACAUGCACAACAGACAGGAUAUCACUGAAACCAACCUGAAACCUGCCCUGUUAGAAGCUGUGAACAGUCAAACAGGGUUCCUAGAGGCUCAGGUUGCAACAUUUACUCGGCACAGGAGCCGUUUGGCUGUGGUUCGGGAGCAGAAAGAAAAGGCUAGAUUAGAUAUGCUUGAUGAAGAAGGUCCAGACUGCCCUGAUGCUGAGCUUUACUCAGAGGCUAGCAGUGUGAUGACCGCUUCUAAGUACUCUCAGAGUAACUCCCGAAUCUCCUCAAGGUCGUCAAAGAACCGCCGGAAAGCAGAGAGAAAGAAGCUGAGUCUGAAGGAAGGAAGCCCGAUGGAGGACAGAGCUUUAAUGCAUGCUCUGAGUGAAAUCAUCUCCACUGUUGACAAGAUGAGAGAGGAGAUCCACAGCCUCCUUAAGUCCUUGGUGCUGUUCCAGUUUGACAAGCAGGCCGAGAAGCUGCAGCUGGUCUAUGAAGAAGCCCUGCAGACGAUGGAGGGAGCUGUUCCUGAGGUGUGGCCUGAAGCCCUGCUGAACAGCAACACUCCGGUAACUGGUCCAAACUCCACAGCAAACAGCAUCAUGGCUUCUUUCCAGCAGCAGCAACAGCAGAAACCUGCAGCAUCACAACUGGAUCCCGAGAUCCCAACAGCACCAAAGAUGAAAAACGGUGUCAAGUGGAAGCUCACUAUUCUUAAAUAAACAGAAAACAAAGUAGUAUUGUUUAAUUUUUUUUCAAUUGUAAAGUAAAAUGUCAGUUGUAUAAUAAAGAUUCAUUUAAUGCCUUCUGA